CAGUUUGGAUAUUAUAUUUGCUCCCAAGCACACGGCAUUCGCGUUCUUGGCUAUGCUUGCCAGGUAACGUGACCUUUGUUUUUAUGCUCCUAACUCUUCUUGACUCCUAUAGACAUUUCUGUUCGCGAGUAUAGAGUUUUUAUUCAGUAUAUGCUUUUCUUUUAUUUAGACUACUUUUGGCUGCCCUUCAUUAUAAUGAAAACAGUGACAGACUGCAAGCUGUAACUAAGGAAGGCAAGCCCUGUUACUCCAUCCGCUUUCCCAAGCAUAAAAAAGGGGAAUACUCUGUUCGCAAGGAGAAGACUGCUGCCAAAUAUGGUAACCAUUGCGAUGUGAAGUGCAUGCAGUCCGAAGUGCAAAGAAAAAAAAAAAAAAGAUACACCCUUCUUUUUUUUUGGCAGGUUACACGGAGACUCUACUUAAUGUUCUGGUGCGAGAGUAUGAAGAGGACCAAACGUCUUUAAAAAAUUCUAUCCAGGAUCUCAGGGAAAACAUGCCUCCACCACUCACAGCUUCCUUUGAGAAGCCCUGCAAAGAAACAGCAGUUGAACAGUUGGUCACGCGAUUUGCACAUUAG